CACUCCCCUGAUUAUCUUAUAAAUAAUCAUUUUUUCGAAAUUGCAAAGGAUGUUUUUUCUCUUGAUGACAUUGAGCCUAUAAACUAUCCUGAUAAUUAUACAUUAAAUCAAUUAUUUUUGCUUACUAGGCAUGGAUCGAGAUUUCCGAUGGCAGUCCAGAAUACAGCUUUUGAUAAAAUUGAUAAAGCAUUUGCAAAUGUUUCCGUAGCAAAAGAUUGGCCUAAAAAUCCUUUCCCCGUGGAAAAAAAUUUUCGAUUAAAUACAAGAGGUAAACUCGAAUCUUAUUACGGUGGAUUACAAUCUCUUAAAAGAUAUGAAAAAUUUUGGGAAAUUGUCGAAUAUGAUGUUGAUGUUGUAAAAUUUCAGACUACUGAUAUUUUUUG